ACAAUUCAGAACAAUUGCAUUGCCAAUAGAAAGGAAUUGGCGGUUUAUUUUGAAAAUCUUUUGAGAGAUGAAUGAUGAAAACAAUUCCUUAUCUGAACAACUUAUUUUAGGAGAAGCACUAUUGGAAAAGUAUUUUGGUCAAGAUAAAGUAUUAUUUGAUCAAAUCACUAUGGAAGAGGAGUCUCACAACAACCGUGUUUUGAAAGAAAACAGGGGUCCCUUGUCUUCAAAUAUUCAAGAAAAAGUAGAAAACUUGAAUAGGUUCUUAUUGGCAGUUGGUUAUACUCCAAAACAAGUUAUAGAACAACACAGUGACCAAGAAGCCGCGUUGGAAUCUGCUAUUCAGUUGAUUUACGAGUUGAUACAAAGAGAACAAAAACAAAAGAAACAACAAGAGGAAUGGCUAUUGAGCUUCCAACAGUUGGAAACGAAAUAUAAACAUACUCAACGAUGGGUAGAAAAACUGCAAAGAAGAAUAGAAGAAAAGGAUAAACAAUAUCAUGUUGCCAAGACUAAAGAUGAGAGACAGAUUCGUGAAUUAGAACAACAGCUACAAAAAUGUAUGGAAGAGUGUACCGAAUGGAAGAUAAAAACUGCCAACUGGGAGCAGUUACAAUUACAGUUUGGUUUUGAAUUGAGAAAGAAGGACAACGAAUAUCAACGUUUGCAACAGAAAUUACAGCAAAUCAUGCAACAACACUCAAAAGUUGGCAACAAUAGAAAGGGAGAGAAUGGAAUAUCUUUAUAUGGGAGACAAUUACAAUCAUCAUUGGAAAGCAAAGGAUUAUGUGGGGAAGAUUGGCUAGAGAAGGAAGCAUAUCAUAUGAUAGAAACUUGUUUCCAAGAUAGAAUUCAAAAGCUGCAACGAGAUAAUGAAUCUCUACAGAAUUUCAUCCAUGAGAUAUAUCAAAAGAUGGAAAGUAAGCUCUGUUAUGAGUCAACUCAUACACAAAAUAGCGAAUGGGAAGAUGAAGAACAUGCGCAUACUCCUUUACGUUGGAAGCUUGAGUUGCCUUUUGAAGAAGCAAAAGAAGAUAUUCAAAAGUACUUUGAUGAAAAACUUGACCAACUCUUAUCUAUGGGUACUCUUUUAUGGAAGAAACAAGAAAUACAAAAGACAUCGAAAAGGAAUGAAAAUCAGGAUGGUUCGCAAUUGGCUUCACAAGUAGCCAUUGUUCAUUCCAAUGAAAGUACUCUAUAUUCCAAAGAUGGUUGGAAAGAACAAAUUGGACAAUCAUCUGAUGAGUUUAUUUAUCAAAUGGAACCAAAAGAUGAUUCAUUAUCAGCUUUUGUUGAAGAUAAGGAUGAAAGUAGUCUACAUAAUCUGAAUGAAUCACAAGAAACAGAUAAUAUAUAUAUACCAAAUGUCGAAAGAUGUACAUUAGAUGAAGCCAAUGCUGACGAAGAAGAAAACUUGGACGAUUAUCUUGGAUAAUAUCAAAUAUAUAUAUAUAUAUAUAUAUAUAUAUAUAUAUAUAUAUAUAUAUAUGAAAAGGAAUGGCCAUUCUCUUUAUCAUAUUCUUAACAAAUCAUAAAAAGAAUUUACUUUUCAAUCACUUUUUGAUUUUCCCCGAUUUCUUUCUAGUCCAUUGGAACUUUCCUUUUUGUAAGGAACUAACGAACAU